GUCCGGUGGUUUAUGUUCUGGACUUGGCAGACCGGCUCAUCUCGAAGGCCGGUCCGUUCGCUGCAGCAGGGAUCAUGGUGGGGUCUAUUUACUGGACGGCUGUGACCUACGGAGCCGUCACCGUGAUGCAGGUGGUGGGCCAUAAGGAGGGUCUGGAYGUGAUGGAGCGGGCCGACCCCCUGUUCCUGCUCAUCGGGCUGCCCACCAUCCCCGUCAUGCUGAUCCUGGGGAAGAUGAUCCGCUGGGAGGACUACGUGCUGCGUCUGUGGAGGAAGUACUCCAACAAGCUGCAGAUCCUCAACAGCAUCUUCCCAGGGAUUGGCUGCCCAGUUCCCAGGAUCCCCGCGGAGGCCAGCCCCCUGGCAGACCACGUGUCGGCCACACGCAUCCUGUGUGGAGCUCUGGUGUUUCCCACCAUCGCCACCAUCGUAGGGAAGCUGAUGUUCAGCAGCGUCAACUCCAACCUGCAGAGGACCAUCCUGGGGGGCAUCGCCUUCGUGGCGAUCAAAGGAGCGUUUAAGGUUUACUUCAAACAGCAGCAGUACCUGAGGCAGGCCCACCGCAAGAUCCUCAACUUCCCUGAGCAGGAGGAGGCCUGAGGGGCGGGGCCGAGCCUGAGGGGGGCGGGGCUUCUGUUACCGUAUCACCCGCCCCACAUCAUGACUGCAGACACACACAGCACCCCCCACAGCCGCCAGUUGUUUCUGAAAGUGGAGGUUUGUGCGGCGCUGGAUACUUCCUGGAGCAUGCUGGCAGUUAGACACGUCCGCUGCCCUGAGAGGCUCCAAUCAUACAAACAUCAUCUGGCUCCAUUUUAAAUUAAAACACAGACGUGUCAUAUAAGAGUUUUAUAAAGGAUUCAAUAAUUGUUCUGCCCACAUUAAAACUUUAUUCCUGGUUUUUUUUUUUAAGUUAAGUGUGAAUGUUUGAGAAAAUAAAAGUUAUGACGCAGCAAAUUAACUAAAACCAGGAAGAGGAGUUGUGACUGUGAAMUAAUAUAAACUCAGAGGAGUUAAUUCUUUAUAUUUAAGUGUUUAUUUAAUCUGCAGCUGUUCUGUUCUGAAGCUCCGGCUCAGAAUAUCAGACUUUUAUUUUGAAAGACUGCAGCUCUGGCCUCUGGAAAGCACAAAGGGGAGGUCCUUUUGGAUUAGGCCACGCCCCUCUGAACACAACUGGCUGGUUUUGGAGCAACUGAUUCUUUCAUCUGGAGUGAAUUUCUCUGGAGGACUUCCUGUGAAACGACACAACUUUACGUAAAAAAAAAACUUAUUACGGUAAAUAAACAAAYGAGAAGAAACGUCAAAUCAGAACUGUUUAUUUUGGCUAAAAGAUGAAAAUAAAAAUCUGAGUUGUAACAAAACUUAAACAGGUUGUUUUGGACAUUUUGAAGUGAGCGGUAAAGAAACAUGAGUAAAUAUCUUACCUGCAGCAGAUAACUCGAUGGACUGAGUUACCGUUUGGCUAAAACUUCCACAACAAAACAUUUCAAAAUGUCCAAAACGUGGUCGUGUGGAAAAAAAGYGUUCACACUUUUCAAACUGAAACAUUUAAUUUUGAUUUGCUGGGAACAAAUUUAAGCAAAUCUUCAUUUAAUUAAAAAAAAAAAAAAAGGUAAACGUGGAACAAACUGGUUCAUGUCUUCAGAAUCUGUAUAAACAUGUUGCUUCAUAUCUAUAAAUAAAUAUUUUUUU